GGUUAUAACAAUUUGGAUGAUUUAGUUUCAUUGAUUAAAAAAAUUGAAAUGGCAAAGAAUAUUGAAAGACUAGAUGAAUUGACUUCCUUUGGAUUGAUUUACGAUGAGAAACUAGUAUGUCAAUACAUUCAUAGAGAGAUAAACAGGGGUAUAUUUUAUGGAGAUAAUCCUUUUGGUGCAACCACAUCUAUGCUAACAGUUCAGAUUCUUCUGAUGUUCAUUUUAACUAGAAUUACUCAUUUCUUGUUAAGUCCUUGUCAUCAAACUUACCUUGUUUCACAAAUUGUGGCUGGUAUCAUAUUGGGUCCUGUAUUGUUAGGUCGAAAUAUUCAUAGUUUUGAUAUGUUAUUUCCAGCAACAAGCAUAUUGACACUUUCAACAUUUGCAGAAUUUGGCAUGAUAAUACAUUUCUUUAAGAUGGGAGUGGAAGUAAAUACGAAACAAUUGUUGAUGAUGGAAAAACGUGCAGUAGUAAUUGGAUUACUAGGCCACAUAAGUUCUAUCGUUUUUGGCAUUAUAGUUGUAUUUGGUGUUGAAGCAAUAUUCACUCCUUUUGGAAGGGAAAGAUAUGGUAUUUUCAAUUUGGUAAUUAUUGGUUCAUUAACCUCAUUUCCUGCUAUAAGUAACUUUCUAAGUGAGAUGAACAUUCUAAAUUCAGAAAUUGGACGCAUGGCAUUAUCUACAUCAUUGGUUUGUGAUGCAUGCAUGUGGCUAUUUUAUUUGAUCAUUGUGAAUGGAGGGAAAGCCUUUAUACAAAAAACAAAUGAAUUUCUUCCACAAUUGGUUAUAUCAGUUUGUUAUUUUAUAUUAUUAUUUUUUAUGUUAAGACCAUUGGUUAUAUGGAUCUCCAACCGCAACCCAAAGGGAAAACCAAUGACAGAAAGUCAUUUUGUGUUAAUCAUUUGUGUACUUAUGUUGGUUGGAUACUCUGCACAAGUUACUGGACAACCUUCUUUUGUUGUUGCCUUUUGGUUUGGUUUGGUUUUGCCGGAAGGUCCUCCUUUAGGUUCAAUUUUGGCAGAAAGACUUGAUAUUGUUGGUUCUACUUUCAUUGUUCCAGCUUAUUGUACUAUUAGUGGGUUAAAGACAUGUGUUCCUGAUAUAACAGGGUCACGUACAAUAAGCAUGACCCUUAUUUUUUUGGCUGGGUAUAUAGGAAAGUUUGUAGGAACUUUACUACCUUCACUUCACUUUCAGAUUGAAUUUUGGGAUUCUCUUGUUUUGUCUCUAAUCAUGUGUUGCAAAGGCCUCAUGGAUCUCUGUUUGAUGAACGUAUUAUUGCACACUAAGGCAAUAGGUGAACUUGCAUUCACCAUGAUGCUAUAUACUAUGGUGGCCAUAACAGGGUUUUCAACACUAAUUGUUUUCUACAUAUAUGACCCUUCAAGGAGGUACAAAACCUAUAUAAGAAGAUCAAUUAAGGGCUCACAAAAUGAAUUUGAUCUCAAAAUACUUGUAUGCAUCCACAAUGAAGAAAAUGUCUAUCCAAUGAUCAAUCUUCUUCAAGCCUCAAAUCCAACAAAUACUACACCUCUCUCAAUCUUUGUUCUUCAUCUAAUGGAACUUUCAGGCAGAGCAGCCUCAAUCCUUAGAAAAAAUGACUAUACUAAUAAUAAUGACAAAUCUCAUUCUUAUAAAGAGAUUUCAACUAGUGAACACAUAAACAAUGUGUUUAAUCAAUUUCUAUUGCAUAACCAAGGAUGUGUCACAUUGCAAUGUUUUACAGCAAUUGCACCAUACACAAGUAUGCAUGAUGAUAUAUGUUACAUGGCAAUGGAUACAAAAUCAAACCUUGUAAUUGUGCCAUAUCAUAAGCAAUGGUCCAUGGAUCAAAAUUUCGAAGUGUCGAAUGCUUCGAUUAGGACAUUGAAUCAAAAAGCACUAAACAAAUCUCCUUGCUCGGUCGGAAUCUUAAUCGAUCGAAGCGAAAAGAAUGGAAAGAUUUCAGUUAUAAAUGAAAAAACAAAUUGUGAAGUUGCAAUGAUUUUCUUAGGUGGUGCUGAUGACCAAGAAGCAUUAGCAUAUGGUAUGCGUAUAGCUGAACAUUCAAAAGUAAGACUAACGGUAAUUUGGGUAAGAAUCAAAACACAACAACACAAAGAUUGGAACAUAAAAAAUCCUUACAUAGAUUUGAUGGAACGUGCAAAGUAUACAGGUAACCUUGAAGGAAAAGUGUUUUUUAAGGAAGAGAUUGUGGAAGAUGGGGAAGGAACAGCACAAGUUAUUCGUAGGUUGGAAGGACGUUUUAAUUUUGUGAUAGUUGGUAGGCAUCAUAUAGUAAAUUCUCCAUGUACAUUGGGCUUGACUGAAUGGUGUGAACUUCCUGAGCUUGGCCCACUUGGAAAUCUACUAGCUAUGUCUGAUUUUACAUUUUCUGUAUUGGUGGUGCAACAACAACCAUUUAAUAAUGAAUUUUGGUAUGUUAGGUGAAAAUAUAUUUAUAUAUACAACAAUUUUAUUUAUAGUCUUUC